AAAUUUAAACACAAACAUUUUUUAAAUCUUAUUAGUGUUUGAAUCAUGUUUGAAUUUCGCGGCAUUUUAUUUUACAUUGGAAUAGAACUGUCACAACUUGACCUUGUGGAAGCCAAGGAGCCAAAAAUUUUAUAAUUUCUAGACGCGAGUACAAUUAAGGCCGCGUCACAGAAUAGAAAACAAUUCGGACACGUUCUUUAUUCUGUACUCAAUUAUUAUUAAUAUAUUUGAUUUACAUACAGAACAGAUACAGCAUCCAAAUAUGUGGGAAGUAUAAUAAUAUAAAAAUGGUAACACCGAGAAGACAAACAAUAGAAAUAGAUGAACAGAAACUGAAAAUAUUGAAUCCAAUUGAAUAUUUGUUGUUCGUUAAAAUGAAUAUACAUAACUGCCAAGAAAAACAAAAUUACCUAAAUAAAUUUCGGAAUCAUAAUCUUAUCCCAUAUAAAAAGCUAAUGUAUAGGAAGAAAAACAUAAGAUUUUGUGAUGGUGUGAUAGCCACUUCCUUCUUUAAAUAGAAUUUUAUUUAUAAAUAUUUAUUAUAAUAUAGGUUAAAUAAGUAAUUUUAUAUUUAUUUUACAAAAAAAAUGUUUCCUAGUCAAAAGAGACCACUGUAUACAAAUUUAUUAACAAUGUCAGAGGAUUUUACUGAGUAUCCUCAAAAGCUCCUUUCAGGCCUUGGAAAAUCAACAAAACGGGGCAUUAAAAAGUGUCCUCGAUGUGGCACCUUCAAUGGUACUCGAAGUACAGUGUGUAAGAACAAAAACUGCAAUGUUGUAAACGUAGAUGCAGUGAAACUAUUAACAAACACUGAAAAGCAGCUGUAUUCUGUGAAAAUAUGGGACAUGGGGCCUAAUUAUAGAGCCUUUGUACAACUACCACUUCUGCAAUCUUCUUCGAACGAAGACCCACACGUUUACUCUGAUGUAGCUCUUUGUUUUGUCGAUUCUUGUAAAAACUCCUUCGACAACUCAAUUCUAAAGUGCCAUGAAGAAGGAACCGAUUCGAAUUCUAAAAAGCUUCUCUUCUGUACUCAUAUUAGGUCUGCUCUAAAAAGCCAGAGUAAAGCUAGCCCCAUGGAACUUAAACCUUCAGUUCUCACUUCGUUAAAUGUUACAGAUGAUAUUAAGGAAAAAUUGUGUUCUUUCAACUCUGAAAAAGAAGGAGUGUUUGUACAGAGAGUUUCCAAGUCUGUCAUGGCUGUUAAAUGUCAAGCUAGUGCUAAGCAUCCUUUAGGAUACCUACAUUUUACAUUUAUUAAAGGAAAAGGAAGGGAUGUAUAUGAAAAGUUCUAUUGCAGUUGUUCGGAAUUUUCAGUGUCAGAACUUUCUGGUGAAGGAUUUGAGAGUGUAAAAUACAAAUGCAUCCACUAUUAUGCAUGUAUAUGGGCCCUAGCAAGUGAUCAGAAAUUAAGCGAAGAAUUUACAAAUAUUCUCAGAAACGAAUUUUCAUUUGUAGGUUCAAAUAAUAAUACCACUCAAAAUAUUAAAUCUAGAGAUAAUGCUGUACCGAAUGAUUCAACAAAAGUUACUGAGAAGGUAGACUCCAAUCGUUCUACUGAUCCAAACAACGAUUUUAAUGUUACUGAUUCAAAAUCUAAAGAUAAGGUCUUAGUGACUGAUUCAAACAAAAUUACGCAAAAUGAUAAAUGUAGACAUAAGCAUGCAGUAAAUUUAGUAAAUAGAAAAAAUGGUUCAAAAAUAGUGAAGAAGAACUUGAUAUUACAUAGAAAAAAGGAAACAUUGAAGCAGUGCCAAAAAAUAAUGCCAAAAAUUUUACCAAUUGAAAUAAAAGUACUGGAAGAAACACCAAAAUCAAACGAUGUGGUUUCAUGGGGGUUUGUGGAUUGGUUGUCCUUUGUAACGGAGUCUAUAAAUCGCACUAUGCAGUUUGAAAACUAUGGUAUGGUGAACACUACCAUUCUUCAAAUACCAGAGGAUUUCUACAAUUAUUUUGCUAAACGGAUCCCGAGUAUAUAUGAAGUGGUUCAAACGGGAAACAGUUCAGCAUACUACAUAAUGAACAUACUACAUCUAAAGGAAAUUUUUGAUACUCCAAAGAUUAAAUUGAAAAUAUCCAAGAAGUUCGUCCACAACGACGAAAAGGGCUAUGUUGAAUUCGACGAAAACGACGACAACGAAGACGAAUCUUUUCUUUGUCCGUUUAUAUACUUCAUAAACGUCGGCCAAUCAACUGUAGAUGAAAGUGACAAUACCAACAAUUAUUUUUAUGUAGAAUGGACGCCUUCCGUUUUUAGCGUGACGAAUAUAGGACAGCUUAGGUUUCAGUAUAAAUAUGGACGUAAAAGUACAUAAUAUAAGUUUAAAUUUCGAUAA